ACUUGUGCCGGAAGUCGGCCCGGCGUGGGGGCUGCGCUCGCGGCCAGGAGGCAUGGCACUCUGGCGGGCGUACCAGCGGGCGCUGACCGCUCACCCUUGGAAAACGCAGGUGCUGACGGCCGGGUCCCUCAUGGGCCUGGGGGACGCCGUCUCGCAGCAGCUGGUGGAGAGACGAGGCCUGCGCGAGCACCAGGCCACUCGGACCCUCACCAUGUUCUCCCUAGGCUGCGGCUUCGUGGGCCCCGUGAUCGGAGGCUGGUACCGGGUCCUGGACCGGCUCGUCCCCGGCACCACCAAGGUGGAUGCGCUCAAGAAGAUGUUGCUGGAUCAGGGGGCCUUCGCCCCUUGCUUCCUGGGCUGUUUCCUCCCCCUGGUGGGGGCGCUCAACGGGCUGUCAGCCCAGGCCAACUGGGCCAAGAUGCAGCGGGAUUACCCUGAUGCCCUCAUCACCAACUACUAUCUGUGGCCUGCCGUGCAGUUAGCCAACUUCUACCUGGUGCCACUCCAGUACAGGUUGGCCGUUGUGCAGUGCGUGGCUGUGGUCUGGAACUCCUACCUCUCCUGGAAGGCGCAUCAGCUCUAGGCCGCUGGACUCCCUCGUCCCCCACAGCAGGGGGGCGGCCCGACCCCUUCCGGCAGCCGUUUCCCCGGACUUUGCUUGCGUGUUAGCAGGAGGAUACAGCCCGGGAAGGUGCCCGACUCCCGCAGAACUCUAGAAGCUUUAUUUUUGCUUUGGGGUUUUUGUUUGUUUGUCUGGGCCACACCCGGCUCUGCUCAGGGGUUACUCCUGGCUCUGCACUCAGGAAUCCCCAGGAACCCCCUAGUGGGGUUCGGGAGGCCAUAGGGGAUGCUGGGGUUUGAGUUGGGGCGGCUGUAGCGGCUGUAGAAUGGCCUUCCCCCUGCCCCGGGCCUGUGGCUCUUCAGUGAACAGUGUGUCAGCGGCCCUUUACAUUCAUACGUCCACAAAUGGCAGCAGCCCUACCCCGUCAGCCCCUGGCCCGGGGGUGGCUCCAGCUCCCCUUUGAGCCUCCAUACCUGUGAGUAAAGACAUGGUCAGCCCCACAGAGGUCGGGCAUCAGAGCCGGCAGAUAACAGCCGGGGCACUGUAGCUUCUACAGAGAAGCCUAGAGACCGCCCAGCCCAGCUUUGCAGAGACGAGGACAGGAGGUGACCUGCCGCAUCCAAAACCAGCGCUUGGUGGACACAUACAGACAGCGCCCCCACCCCACGCCCCCAUUCAUGUGCAAAGACCAGGGUGGUGGGAUGGGGCCUUGCGGGGAGAGGGAGACCCCUCAUGUGCAAGAGGAAUCAGUGCCUUAUGAGAGCCCCGGGUGGGUUGGGGGAGGGUGCCAUCUCUGACCCAGAAAGUGGGGCCCCCCCUCCAGGCCACCCCCUGGGCCCUGACUUUGAACUUGCAGCCUCCCACUGUGAGCAAUAAACACGUAUAAGGCUGGG